AUGUCCUCGGCUGAUCUGACGGUUCCGAUACCUUGGCCGCAGCUGUCGACGGCUGCGACGGCUUCUUCCACAUGGCCGCGGUGGUGGACUUCGAGGAGAGAGAGAGAGAGCGAGGAGGUGAAGGCCCGACGCGUCACCAUCGGGACCCGGGCUAUUCUGCAGGCGUGCGGCGCCGUUACUUGUUCAUCUCGAUCUGGCGCCCCGGCCGCCAUUUACGAGAGGUCGUGGGCCGACGGGGAGUUCCUGAGGUCGCUGCGGAUGUUUGCAGAGGCUUAUGUGGUGACGAAUACGGCGACCGAGAAAUUGUCUCUGGAAUUUGGGGAGAAAAAUGGAUUGGAUGUGGUGGUCGUGUUGCCGUGGUGGGUCGUCGGGCCCUUCAUCUGUCCAUGCUGCCCCGAUUCAAUUCAACUGAAAAGACACUUCUGCCCUCUGUCCGUGCGCACGGUAUCCACUUUAGCUGUUCAUUCACCGCCUGAGGUUUUGGGAGCGUAUGAAGACGUGGCAGAGAAACUCGGUUCGAGAAGUUGUCGGAGGAAUUCAUCGUGGAGUGUAAUUCUCGGGCAGCUCUGUAUAAGCACAAGAAGACUGGGCGUUGGGAUCACGUCGGUGUUGAAUGAGGACGAGAACAAAGUCUUUGGCAUUGUGUUCAGGACUCCUCCAUAA